AUGUUGGAUUGUCCAGUUCGGUUAGUUGGGUAUCGCUGUGAAAGUCCAUUCAAAGAAACUUCAUCCGACAAACGGUCUCAUCACCCACACCAUCCUCACCAUCCUAUGUCCAAGCAGCACUAUACUGAUGCCUGUUCGUCUCAUCCUUCACCAUCUGUGGCUGGGCGCAGUACUGAUUGUGAUGACUAUGGAGAGCUUGUGGUUCUUGGGUACAAUGGACACUUGAUUAAUUAUGAGAAAGGUAGAAAACGAAGCAAAUUUGUUCUUUUAAAGCGUGCAGCUGCCAAUGGAGUUAAGCCUUACAAAAAACAUGUUGUCAAGAAUCCUCAGAAUUCAAAAGCUGUCCAGGACUCUGCCUUACACUCCGUGUCCUACACUAUGUCCAGAAACCAAGCCGUUGUUGUGGAGUACAAAUCGGACCCUGACACUGAUAUGUUCCAGAUUGGUAGAUCUGGAGAAUCACCAAUUGAUUUUAUUGUCAUGGACACCGUGCCUGCUAAUCAAAGGCGAUAUAGUGAGGAAUUUACUCAGAGUACGAUUUCUCGAUUUGCUUGUCGGAUCUUAGUGGAAAGGAACCCACCGUAUACAGCGAGGAUUUUUGCUGCUGGUUUUGAUGGAGCACGUAACAUAUUUCUUGGUGAAAAAGCUGUCAAAUGGCAUUCUGGAGAAGAAAUAGAUGGGUUAACUACCAAUGGUGUUUUUAUAAUGAGUCCAACUGAUGGAUUCACACCCGCUUCUAAACCUGGCACUUGGUAUGAGGUCUCGGUUGGUGGUGGCAUUUAUACUGCCAGAAACUCAAGGGCAGAUCCUUUGAAAAGUCAUCAGAUGCUGAAUGCUGACAAUGUCCUUCACGAUGGAACACUCAUUGAUUUAUGUGGAGUCACAUUAUUGUGGCGAUCUGCUUCAGGCUUGCAUGCCUCACCAAAUGAACAGGAGUUCAAUAACUUGGUUGAAGGAAUCAAUGCCUGCCGUCCACAGUGUCCUGUUGGUUUGACUACACUGGUUCUCCCCAGUAAGUCUCAUGCUAGCCCUGGUCUCGAUAAACAGCCUUUUGUUUAUAUAAAAUGUGGUCAUGUGCAUGGGAGACAUACUUGGGGACAGAAAGAUGAUGAUGAUGACAAAAGGACCUGUCCUCUUUGUUUGAAAGAAAGUCCUUUUAUCAAAUUGGAAAUUGGUUUUGAACUGAGCUUUUAUGUUGAUGCUGGCCCUCCUACUUACUGCUUCAGCCCAUGUGGACAUAUGGCAUCAGAAAACACAGUCAAAUAUUGGGCUGAAGUUUUGAUUCCACACGCUUCCAAUGAAUUUCAUGCCAUCUGUCCAUUUUGUGCAAUUCCUUUGGACAAUCCUGGAUAUUCUGUAUCAACUACACACUCCAUAUUGGACAAAAGUCUCUUCAGUUUGUUCCAGGGACACAUUUGUACAGUUGGCGGAUUGCUUCUCUCCCUUUGA